CGGGUUUUGUUAGGCGGCCGCCCCUCGCCGAGCGCUCUCGCGGCGGCGCGGACCGCGUGCUCCGGCUCCCGGCUCCGGUCUGCGUGUGGCAUCGCGGGGGCCGCGGCAGCGCCCACCGCCACCGGCACCGCCACCAGCGGCCUCUCCCGGGGCGCCCCGCCCCGCCCCGCGCCGGGACCCCCCCGCCCGCGGACGCCUCCCCCGUGCCCUGCGGAGUUACGGCGAUGACGGCUGCCCGGCGCUGAGCGGCCCCGCGCCGCCCCGGCUCGGCGCUGGCUGCCCGGCGGCGAAGCGCGGCGAGAGGCGAGAGCGGCCGCCGGAGUCAAGGCUCGCGCUUCGCAUGUCGGCGGCGCCCGGAAAGUCGGAUGUGUACGGCCUUCUCUCCCUCCUCCUCCUCCUCCUCCUCCUCCAUGGCAGCCGCGCUACUCCGGCUUUUCGGCCUCUCCGGGAGCGCUCCGAGGCCGGCGGGCGGCUGCGCACGUCGCGAUCGCCGUAGCGAGGCAAGGCGCGGCGGCGCCGGCGGCUGGUUCCUGUGAUCCGCGCCCCCAGCCCUGCCAUGUACCCCCAGGGCCGGCACCCGGCUCCGCACCAGCCGGGCCAGCCGGGCUUCAAAUUCACCGUGGCCGAGUCCUGCGACAGGAUCAAGGACGAGUUCCAGUUCCUGCAGGCGCAGUACCACAGCCUCAAAGUGGAGUACGAUAAGCUCGCGAACGAAAAGACCGAGAUGCAGCGCCAUUAUGUUAUGUACUAUGAAAUGUCAUACGGUUUGAAUAUUGAAAUGCACAAGCAGACAGAAAUUGCUAAAAGACUGAAUACGAUUUUAGCUCAGAUCAUGCCUUUUCUGUCACAAGAGCACCAACAGCAAGUCGCGCAGGCUGUUGAGCGUGCCAAGCAAGUGACGAUGACGGAGUUGAAUGCUAUCAUCGGGGUACGUGGACUUCCCAAUCUGCCUCUCACCCAGCAGCAGCUCCAGGCCCAGCACCUCUCUCACGCCGCGCACGGCCCCCCGGUCCAGCUGCCGCCGCACCCCUCGGGCCUCCAGCCGCCGGGCAUCCCGCCGGUGAGCGGCAGCAGCUCGGGGCUGCUGGCCCUCGGCGCCCUGGGCAGCCAGGCGCACCUCGCCGUCAAGGACGAGAAGAACCACCACGACCUGGACCACAGAGAGCGAGACUCAAGUGCAAAUAAUUCCGUCUCGCCCUCGGAGAGCCUGCGAGCCAGCGAGAAGCACCGGAGCUCCACGGACUACGGCAUCGACUCCAAAAAGCGGAAAGCGGAGGAGAAGGACAGCAUGAGCCGAUAUGACAGCGACGGCGACAAAAGCGACGACCUGGUCGUGGACGUCUCCAACGAGGACCCCGCCACCCCCCGCGUCAGCCCGGCCCACUCCCCGCCGGAGAACGGCAUAGACAAAAGCCGCGGGCUGAAGAAGGGCGACGCGCCCAACAGCCCGGCCUCGGUCGCCUCCUCCAGCAGCACUCCCUCCUCCAAGACUAAAGACCUGGGCCACAACGACAAGUCGUCGACGCCCGGGCUCAAGUCCAACACUCCCACGCCGAGGAACGACGCUCCGACCCCGGGCACGAGCACGACUCCGGGCCUCCGGCCGAUGCCCGGCAAGCCGACCGGCAUGGACCCGCUGGCCUCGGCCCUGAGGACGCCCAUCUCCAUCGGGGGCUCCUACGCCGCUCCCUUCGCCAUGAUGGGGCACCACGAGAUGAACGGCUCCCUGAGCAGCCCCGGCGCCUACGCCGGCCUCCACAACCUCCCUCCGCAGAUGAGCGCCGCUGCCGCCGCCGCCGCCGCCUACGGCCGGUCGCCAAUGGUGAGCUUUGGAGCUGUUGGUUUCGACCCGCACCCGCCCAUGAGGGCGCCCGGACUGCCCACCAGCCUGGCCUCCAUCCCCGGGGGGAAGCCAGCCUACUCGUUCCACGUGAGCGCCGACGGGCAGAUGCAGCCGGUGCCCUUUCCCCACGACGCCCUGGCGGGCCCCGGCAUCCCCCGGCACGCCCGCCAGAUCAACACGCUGAGCCACGGCGAGGUGGUGUGCGCCGUGACCAUCAGCAACCCCACGCGGCACGUCUACACCGGGGGCAAAGGCUGCGUGAAGAUCUGGGACAUCAGCCAGCCGGGCAGCAAGAGCCCCAUCUCCCAGCUGGACUGCCUGAACAGGGAUAACUACAUCCGCUCCUGCAAGCUGCUGCCUGACGGCCGCACGCUGAUCGUGGGAGGGGAGGCCAGCACGCUCACCAUCUGGGACCUGGCGUCCCCCACGCCCCGCAUCAAGGCCGAGCUGACCUCCUCCGCCCCGGCCUGCUACGCUCUGGCCAUCAGCCCCGACGCCAAGGUCUGCUUCUCCUGCUGCAGCGACGGCAACAUCGCCGUGUGGGACCUGCACAACCAGACGCUCGUCAGGCAAUUCCAGGGCCACACGGACGGCGCCAGCUGCAUAGACAUCUCGCACGACGGUACGAAGCUGUGGACCGGCGGCCUGGACAACACGGUGCGUUCGUGGGACCUGCGGGAAGGCCGGCAGCUGCAGCAGCACGACUUCACCUCCCAGAUCUUCUCGCUGGGGUACUGCCCCACGGGCGAGUGGCUGGCGGUGGGGAUGGAGAGCAGCAACGUGGAGGUGUUGCACCACACGAAACCCGACAAGUACCAGCUGCACCUCCACGAGAGCUGCGUCCUGUCGCUGAAAUUCGCCUACUGCGGUAAAUGGUUCGUGAGCACCGGGAAGGACAACCUGCUCAACGCCUGGCGGACGCCCUACGGAGCCAGCAUCUUCCAGUCGAAGGAGUCUUCGUCCGUCCUGAGCUGCGACAUUUCGGCGGACGACAAGUACAUCGUAACCGGCUCCGGGGACAAGAAGGCCACAGUCUACGAGGUCAUCUAUUAACGCGGAUUUUAACGGGGCCAUCGGCUCCGGCAGGACGGAGGGACGCGGGCGGCCGCGCGGCCGGGACGGUGACACGGGCCCCGGGCUCGGCCAGGCGCCCGUGGACCGAGGCGGCGCAUCCCGUCGGAAGCCUGGCUGGAAAACGUACGGAUUCACUUGGAGGUCUGCGAAUAUGGCACACAUUGAAGCCCUAAACAAAAUGUUGGUUUUGGUUUUUAGGGUUUUGGUUUCUUCUUUUUUUUUUUUUUUUUUGGUUUCCUGGUUCUUUCCGUCUGCGCUUUGGUGGCACUAUAAAGGACUUAUUUUUUAUUGUGACUUUUUUUUUUUGUGCAUUCUGCAUAAGACUUGUGAAAAAUGUAAAUACCGGACUAGUGAAUAGAAUUGGAAGGGUGGGGGCCCCCUCCCGGUACACUAGUUGUGUAUUUUUCGUCUGCUGUAAUUGUAUUCCACUGAUGGUUUUGGUGGUGGCAAUUUUUUCCCCCCCCCCCGCCCCCGCGUCCGCUCGGGACGCCCCUUUGACACGCAGCUUGCAGCCAGACUGAGCAAAGGCGUCCACUGGUGAAAGUUGUUCCUGCUGUCGUACACGUGAGUCGUUCGGUGUGUGAGUCGUGUGUGAACACUGUAUGGACUGGAGCGGAGCCCGUCGGGUCUUCGGCUGCUGACGGGACAUCAGCAAAACAAUCAAGUUUUUAUAUGGAUUUUUGUGCUCGUAUGUUUGAAGAAAAGAGGAAGUCCACAGUCUCGGAAACUUCUGCUCAAGCCCUUCUUGCUCUUCGGACAUAAACGAUGAGGAAUGGUUUCAAAGAAAGCGUAGUAAAUUCAGCUCAGGGAGCCACGAAAGAUAAUAGCAACUUAUGUGUUUUGUAUUCAAAUGAAAGUAAAGAAUUAGAAUUGAUAACCUUUAAAAUACAAUUUUUUAAAACAAAGUUUACUAACAAGUAGGGUUUGUGUGUGGUGGGGGGACGGGGCUGGCUUUGGUAGGGUCCUGUGGCCACGUGGUCUCGUGUCUUCUGGUAUAUAGGUUUCGACGACGCAAACCCCCUCCCCGCCCAGGCCUGCGUUUCAGCGUUUUGUACUAAAGGGUAAAAGAGAAAUAACGGGAAAUAAAAGUAUUUGUGUAGCAGAAGCGCUCACCCUGUAUUGUAGCAUACGGAGGAGAAUUUUUAUACUACGUUUUUAUGAAUUAUUUUUUAAUUUUUGAUUUUGAUCCGGUCACAAAGCAAUUAGGGCUAAGGUGGAAGCUGCCCGUUUCGGAUGCAGCGCCGGGCAGGGCGGCGGGGACGGCAUCGCCGCGGCAGCAUCCCGGGGCACCCGCGGCAUCGCGGCUGCGGCGGAGAGGAGAUCUCACGGGAAAUGUCUUUUCCCUUUUGAAAAAUACCGUUUUUUGAGGUGUUUUGCCCUUUUCUGUUAAAAGCAAAAAUAAGGGAAACGCGGAGAGAAGAGAAAGCCCGUUAAAGAAAACCUGCAUUUUUAAAGAAAGUGGUUUCAAGUGCGGUUAUGCUCAGAAAAAGGGCUGGGGGAAGCCCCCCGCAUCCGUGCGGGGUUAUCGGCGGCAGCGGCUCGUGGUCCGUGGCCGGCUCGCUGGCAGGACGGGCGACGCCGGACCCUCCGCCAGGGCUGUGCCGGCGGGGCUUGGAGCUAUGGAAAAAUGGGAAGCUCCGCCGCCGGCAAGGCUGCCGGGAGCCCCUGUCCUGCCUGGUCACCGGUUUGCACGUCGGUGCUGCUUUUUCUCCAAAAAGAAAGGAAGGGACUGCGUGCGGCUCCGGCGGCGGGGGGUACUGAGUCAGGCUUCUCGACUUUGCACCAAAGUAUGUAGCAGAAUAUGUACAGCUGUUAAUAACUACAACUGGUUUUUGUAAAAAAGGGAGAAAAAAAGGGGAAAAAAAGAAUAAAAAGUAAAUGUAAUGAA